AUGACCAAGGUCGACGAUGACGCUGAGGUGUUCGUCAGCACUUGUGACCCGCGGGGCGCUUUCUACCGUUUCAAUAUCGACUUCGAGCUCAGCAGAAGUUCUGGGUUGCCGCCCCUCAGGGCGGGAGGGCGUGGCAUUCGCGAACUCGAGGGGGAGCGGCUGACUGGUGACCGCCAGGUGCGCACGUGCUUCGCAGUGCCCCCCGUGGGCUUCAAUUGGCCCCUCUACCUCGCGCAGGAGGCGGUGGCCAUUCAGGUCGAGGCCGCCGCAGGUGCGCUGGGCGGGCGCAAGGCGGGCGCGCAGCUUUCCAAGGGCCAGGCCUGCGAGGCGCUAGACCACGUGGGCCUGGAGACCCACGAGCAGGUGGGCGCUCGGAGCGAGGCGGCGGUGCUGGGCGUCUCCAUCGAUGGCAAGUCGGGCAUUGCGUCGACCGCCCUCUCUCGCGCGCGGCAGGUCGAUGGCCUGCUGCCGCGGCUCACCAAAAGGGGCGUCGCGACGGGCCAUGGGUUGGAGAGCGUCGUGCGCCGCCUCGCUUUCCUUUCUGCGCCGCGGCGGCCGCUCCUGGCCGUGCUGUCAGCUGCGCGUCAAGUGUUAGGAGAUGUUGGCCUAGGGCAGUUGGGCCUCUGGCCCUUGCUGCGCGCCGAGCUCGAGGCGGCGCGAUCGCCGCUCCCUUCCGCCUAUGCCACGGGGAAGUUGCCCUGGCACUGCGAUGUCGCAACGACGGGCGCGCGCCCCGCUGGCUGGGGCGUCGUUAAAUCUCCCCGGGCCGCUGAAAAGGUGGAGGGCGCUGGCAGGGUCGACGAACGUCUCGGAUGCAGGAUGCAGAGGCAGGCCGGCGAGGUCUGGGAGGAGGGCCCGGAGUUCCCCGACGUCGGCCCCAACUGGAUCCACGAGGGCCCCUGGAAGUACAUCUACUCUGGUGGCGACGCGCGCGGGAUGGGCAGCCGGCGGGCCCUGGCUGCGGCGCCGCCAGGCAGACGGACCGAGCGGCGGCUGGCGGCCAACGGACAGAGUGCCCCGACGAAGGCCGCCAGGCGGGAUCGUUACUCAGUGGAGGCCGACGCCACCCCCGGCCGCUCGUUCGUCGAGACCAAGGCCGUGGGCGAGAAGAUGGGCGCGCAGUGCUCGAAGGUGGUCCAGGUGUUCGACGAGAGGUUCUUCGACGGACAGGACAGGGGCGCCGGGCGCCGGCUGCUGGCCGCCCUCGAGGGCAUAUGCCCGAAGUUCGGCAAGAAUGGCCAGCUUCGCGUGGCCGUGGGGGCGCUGAAGAGUCUGGUGACGCAUGAGAGGCCCGACGAAAUCCACCAGGACCUGGAAGCGAAGCGGCCCAUCCCGCCCAUGUCGGACAUCGGCCCGCGCCGGGCCAUCGCGAUCCGUCCGUCCCAGGCGCUGUGCCCCGCGAAGGUCGGCAUAUGCGACGAUGUCGUCGCGUCGGGCCAGGAGGAGCCGUGGGCCGGCGACCUCCUGCGGUGGCUGGUCCACGGAAAGGGCGUCGUUGGACCCACCGUGCCGGGCACGUCGCUCUGCGCGGGGCAUUUGGCGCGCCGCGGGUGCCCCGCGGCUUCGGGGGCCGCGGCUGCCGGGGGGGCAGUUGCUCAGGCCGCCGCGCGGGGCGGCGGCGACGGCGCGCAGGGUCAGACCGCCAUGGCGCAGCAGUCGGCGGCCCUCAGUUUAGAAACUUCACCUGCGUCGGCGACGGUGCAACCUGCUCUUGUUCCAAGCCCCCCUAGACUCGAACCGCUGCCGUCCAAGGCUCCGUUGCUUCGGGGCUGGGUCGAGCGGGCGACGUCGCGCGCGGUCGAUUCGAUCCAGCUGGUCGCCGGCGCUUCCGUCGACGCCCAGUCGCUCCCGAGCCGGCUCUCUACCGACCUCCUGGAGCUGCGAGCCAUCCUCAUCAAAAUGGGUUGCAACCCCGACGCCCGGGACUCGCGGGGCGUCCUGGGCCCCGCCAGGCCCUACCUGGACAAGCUCUCCGCCACCGCGGCCCAGUGCGAGGCGGGGCUUCCGCAGGUGCUCACGGAGCGCCGCCGCUUCAGGCCCGACCGGCCGCCGAUGUUCAUGGAGCUGGGGAAGGAGGCGCUGGCGGCCGUCCAGGACGUCGCGCGGGCCUCGCGCGUUGAGAUCCACGCGCAGCGGUCCGACGUCUUGCGCGCUGGCGACCCGGCUGCGCGGCCCCCAGCGGGGACCUGCGUUUGGGGCACCAAGGCGGAGAAGGGCAAUGAGACGCUAUGGGGAGACCCAUCGGGGAUGUCGGCGGCGCUCUGGGCCCCCGCCGACAACGGCUCGCCGACGCUGAUCGACGUGGCCUCGCUUUCCCAGCUGCCCGGGUUCAAGGUCGUUGCGUUUGAUCUUCUCGCGGACGGCCUCCCUCGGUUCCUGCCCCUGUGCCCCCUCCCACUCCUGUCGGGCGCGUUCCCUCGCGCUCGCCGCGUGGGCUUCCUGAGCUCCGAGGAGACGCCCCGCAUUUCUUUCUGCGUGAUCUUCCCGGGCCGCCUCGCGCACUUCGACAUCGCCACUGCGCUCAGCGAGCUGCGCUGCGCGCAUCCUCCAGGCCCCGCCUUCUUCGGCCUCGGAGGGUUGGCAGCCGUCUCCAACGCUUUCUUCUUCGAGUGCAACUUGCCAGGAGUUGCCCGCCGCCGCUGGCCCUCAUGUUCGCAUGUGUUCGUCUUGAGUCCGACCAGGUUCCCAUUGGCACCUGGCGACUUCUGGGCGGCCGCCAGGGGCGAGGUCUGGUUGCUGGGCGCCGCCAACGCCGCGACGCGGCUGAAACGCCGCCCCUCGGGAUUCGGCGGCCGAGUCAUCGCCGCCCCCGCCGCAGUGGCCCAGCGCGCUGAUGCCGCCGAGCGCCGCGCAGGCAAGUCCCACUCCAUCUCGGACUACCUCGCCGAGAUCUGGGCGCAAGGCGAAAUGUGUCUCCAGGACAGCGAGGUGUUGAACAGGCUGAUGCAGCACGCGAUUUCGUCGACGGGUCUCCAGUUGCCCCUCGCCCCCGACCCCGGCGACCUCGAGGCAGGGGGGCGCGCCCCGGUGGGCCGCGGCCAGCUUCCCGCCGCUGGCGGGGCCAUCAAGGUGAUGGUCAAGAACAAGGCUGACGCUUUCACCCCGCGCGCCACCCUGCGCAAUAAGGCCAUCCAGGUCGGCAACGACCUCAUCGACAUCAAGGUGGGCAAUGACUCAUUGGAGCUGGGCAUCGCGCCGGGGAACGCCGUCGGGUCCCUCCAGCCCUCGCUCUACUCGGGGACCCUCUGCGUUUUCUUCAACCGCUCGGUCUUCUGCUACGCCUCCACGGUGCCCUCGUUCUUCGCCGCAUCUUGCCCCCGGUUGGCAUGCCCACCUUCUUCCUCGCCUGCUGCGUAUUCGCCGCCGACGACUUUGUCCCAGCACAGGCGUUUGACCACGCCGCUAUCGACCUCCCAGUUCACGUUUGCCGCCGCCUCCGGCUACUCCGCGCCGUUGGAGCCCGCUGACCGGCCCCUUCCGCCACCGCAGGCGCACUUUCCUGCGCCCGCCGCCCUCUCAGCUGAUCGUCGUGGCCAGUGCGCAGGGGAUUUCUCCAGUGCGACUUGGAGCGCCCGGGCGCUUGCCACGGACAUCCAUCGCCGCGAUGCCAAGAGCUCAUGCAUCCACGAGCUGAUGCUGAAGUCGGACAUCUGCCUGAUCACCGGGGCGCACGGUUUCGAGACCAGCAACUCCACUUGGGGCGCCCGCGACCAGAGCGAGUUCGCGGCCGCUCUGGGCGACAGGUUUGGGCUCGCCGAGAUGCGCCAGGCGCUCGUCUACGCGCCGUUCAACUCUCUCGCGAUCGCGCCAUCGACGAGCUGGGCCGACUCCGCGUCGAGCUCGAGUGGGGGCGAUUUCCGGGCCACGCAUGCGCGGCGGCGCAGUGCUCGCCUCGCCUACCGAUUGGCGCCGGUCCGCGCGGGCGGCAUCUCGGCGGCGUUGCAGCCUGACGGCGAGGUUGUCACGCGCCCCGAUGCGAAGGCAGCCGCCUUGCUCCCCCAUUGGGGAGAGAUCUCCGCGGACAAGGUGAUCGACGAAGCCCUGCAGCGGAAGUGGGCGGGGAACGACGCGGGCGACCGCCCCGCCAUCGACGAGUCCGACAAUUCUUCCCCGGGCCUGGACGGAAUCCCUUCCCUGGCGCAGCGUCGUAACGCUGUGCUCUCGACCGCCUUCCUUCUCGACGCCUUCCCGGCCCUCUCCCCCGCCGACGGCGCAACCCUCAUGCAGGCGUUUGCGUUUGCCGACGAUUUCAACGCCGGCGCCCUCGUCUUCCCGCCCGAGAAGCCUUCGGGCGCGGCGCGGGGACCUAUGAACUGGCCCCCGCCCGACAUCCUCAAGUCGUUGAGCUCUGUCGUUUUUUCUCGCGACUUGGUUGACAUCAGCGGCGUCGCUGGCAUUGCCAGAGUUCGCGUGGCGGGUCGCGCGGCUCAUCGCUCUGGAGGUCUGCGCGUUUUGCCGCGCGCGGCGGCCCUGCGGGCCGCCGUGCAGGCAGCUGACAGCGCCGCCCGCCUGGGGUGGCAGCAUGAUUGGGCUGCCUCGUCUUUCCCCUUUUCCCUCGAGUCCGCGCUGCUGGCGUUCGCUGCCAGAGGGGCGACCGCCCAGGCCUUCCUCGACCCGUCAUUCGAAGCGGGGCGCCGGGAGGGUUGGCAGGCUCGCGCCCGCGUGGUGGCGCCUAUAUUCUGCGCUGCGGCGAUGGGGCGCGCGCUUCGGCGCCGCCUCGACCAUUGGCAGCUCGAUGUUAUUCCUGGCCGCCGGGCGAGGCGCCCCCCGCAGGGCGCGGCCGCGGCGGCGGCCGCAGUGGUCGCUGCCUCCUGCCUCGGCGGAGCGAUGUCGCGCGAGGGCUCCCGCUGGCGCAGCGACUCGAGGGACGGCCGCCGCGGCGGCGUGGCGUGGCCGGAGCGGGGCGGUGAGAGAGCCCGCCGCGGCUCCGGCAGCCGCUCGCGCGAGGGUGGCCGCCGCGAGGUCGGACGCAGCGGCGACCGCCGCGGCGACCGCCACAGCAGCUCCGCCCGCCGCGGCGGCCGCUGCGAAGACGACCGCGGCGACGGCCGCCGCGGCGACGGCCACGGCGCGAGCUCGGCGCGGGGCGAGGCGCGCCCGGCGCCGCCCGAGCGCCGCAGGCCGAGGGCCUUCUCGCGGUCGAGGGAGAUGGGCGGGCCAGCGUCCCCAGAGCGCCCGGCGGGCGGAGGGGGCCCGCCGCGCAGGCCCGACGGUGCCCGCGGGCACCCCGGGCAGUCUCCGCCCUGCGGCAGGGGCGGCGAGGCGGGGGCCGAGGCGAGGCGCGCGCCGCGGUCCAGGGGCCGGAGCCCGGGCAGCUCGAGCCCCCGGCGCAGCCCGCCGAGCAGGCCCGACGAGCCUCGCGAGCAGCUCCGGCGUCCUCCGCGCGGGGCGGCCCCCGAGGCGAGGCGCGCGCCGCGGGCCGCUGGCAGGAGUCAGGACAGCUCGAGCUCCCGGCGCAGCCCGCCCCGGAAGAUGGCCAGGGUCUCGGCCUUCGAUCAGGCGGUGGCGGCGCCCGAGGAGCUCACCGCUCUUCAGAAACUGGCGGUGUUGACAGAGGAGAAUCCAGCAGUGGCCCUGGCGCUGCCCUCCGUCCCCAUUGCUGGGGGGCUAGCGGCGGCCAGCGCGGUCGCCGCAGCUGGCACGGGGACACCGGCACUACCCGAUGCUCUGGCGGUGCCUGCUGCCGCAAUGCAGGCCGCCGUCCAGCAACAGGCCUACCCACAUAACGCGGAGCUCGAGGCUUUCUUGGUCCGCCACCCACUGGAGGCGCACGCGGUGACGAGGUUGCGAUCGAUGCCCCCCGAGCAGGUCCAUAUGGUAAUCAGCAUGUCCCUGCAGGGCGCCAGGAACGCGACCGCCGUGAUAUGUGGCAGGAUAUCCAAUAUCGAUAAGUUCGCCGGCGGUGUCCAGAUGGGAGCGCGCAGUGGCGCAAAGGCGUUGCAGGGCCCAUCCGUCAGCUAUCAGCAGCCCACUGCGGGCCUUUCUGGCGUGGUGAGCACCAUGAUGCCAGAGGACCCACCGCCGGAUCCGACCGUCAGAGAUGAGGAGCUCGACGCGGUCGUCGCGCAGAUCACCCACGAGGCGUCCAGGACCACCAAGCGCGGUAAGUCAUCCAAGGGAGAGGCCAGCGCAGAUCUCGCCAAAGGAACGCCUGCGCUCAAAACGCCGUUCGCGUCGCGCAAGAUCCACAGGGCGCCCUCGCCACCCAAGAGGCCAGAGGAGGUACAGCCGGAGGAGCCGUCUCAGCCGAGGCCAGUGCUCUUGCCUCCUGGAACCAUCCAGGCGCUGGCGCCCGUGGCGGAGGCUCCCGCACCGCCGGCGCCGCUCGCCGAGGUCCGCGCCGCGGCGAGCGCGCCGGCUCCGGCGCCGGGGGCGGUGGCGUGCGGGCGGACGCUGGAGGCUGGCUAUGUCGCGGUGCCGGAGAGGCCGGCGGGGGCCCCGAGGCUGGAGGCGCAAGAAGAUAACCACGGAAAACGUGCUGGAGAAGAUUCGGGAGCUGGCCGGCAGGUCAACCGCCGCCACGCCGAAAGGGCAGCCCACGCAGCUCCGGCAGAAGCUCCCGCGGGUGCGGCGGGCGGGGCGGCCCGGGCGCAGUUCGAGGCGCUGGUCGGCGCGGGGGUGCUGGUGCCGCGGCAGAGGGACGCAGGGCAGAGGAAGCACGCGGGGAGGUACAUUCGGGGCUUCGGGCCGGUACCGCUGGCCUGCGGCUGGGCCUCGGGCGCCUAUCUUGCCGAGGCCGUCCAGGGCUUGGUCAGGGCUCGCUCGGGCAGCUUUCGGGCCUGCCUGUGCCAUCCGCAGGAGUAA